AUGCUUCCUGCGGAUGAGCUGCUGCUCGUCGCCGAACCGGACAAGACAUGCACAUCGCCCGACACCACGCCAUCUGCACUCUGCAGCCGCACAUCGCCACUGCUGCUCGAGCCUUCUCCGCUUCGCAACUCCACUGACGCACCAGGGCCCGACACGCUCUCGCCGCCGGACACCUUCACAUUGCCUCCCGUCGCACCAGCACCACCGGCCAAAGCCAACGCACCACCCGCAGCAACAGUGCUACUACCGCCGGUGACGCUCACAAGCCCACCGGUACCUGCAGCCUCGCCACCGAACACGCUCACCGACCCGCUCGAAAGAGCAGGCGACGCGCCAGACGCGAUAGCUACAGCGCCAGACGAACCGCUUGCCGUCGACCCACUCAACAGCGACACCGACCCGCUCACAGUCGUGCUUGCGCCGCCUUCAGACCCGAGCGUCACCGACCCGCUCUCUGAUGCCAAACCGUCGCCGCUCAAGAUCGUCAUGCUGCCGCCUGUCAACGACCCCGAUGCACCGCCCAACACAGACACCGCGGAGCCUUCACCAUUCACGGAAGAGCCACCAGACACCUCGAUCGAGCCAGUACUAGCAUCACCGGACCCGCUGCCGAUACGAAUGGACCCGCUAGACACGCUGCUAGCGCUAGUGCGCACCUCGACGCCACCGCUCGAACCACCGGACAUGACGCUCGUGAACACACGCACUGGACGCAGACAACCCCCCAUCAAUGGACACGUCGCCUCCCGCUCCUUGCGCGUUCCCAGAACCGAUGAUCUUCACCUUCUGCGCUGUGUCCACGUUGGUCACACUGCCACCACGCAACUCCACAUCGACCCCAACAGCACUGCCGUCGCCCUGGACGAGGCUCAGGCUGCCGCCAGAACCACUGCGGACAAACACGCUGCUGCCGGACGCACUGCUUCCGGAGUCGCCGCUCGACACAGUCACAUCACCACCGACGCCUCUCGAUGA